CUGUUCUGUACCUGUCGGGGCUGUAACCAAGAAGCAAGUAGAGAAACAUGGCGGAUGUGGAGAGGGAGAACGAGACCAUCACAAAAGAAAAAGAUGAUAUACAAAUUUUGAAGGGUCUUGUUGAUGAGCUCUACCAGUUCAGAGAUCACUAUUUUGCAACACAUAGCGUGGAGGAUGCCAGCCGAAAACAGAACGACGUGACCGAAGAGAUGAACAAGACUCUCAAGAGGCUGGAGGAGAAAGAGGAGGAGUUUGGACACAGCGCCCAGUUCCUGCUGCUGCGGGGCCGUUGCCUGAACGUGGGCCCUGAUUUCAGUCCCAGCGCGGAGGAGAGCCUGUCCCGUGCGGUCAAGCUGGAGCCCAGUCUAGUGGAGGGGUGGAACACUCUGGGGGAGAUCUACUGGAAGAAGGGAGACCUGGUGGCAGCCAAGACCUGCUUCACUGGAGCCCUGCAGCAGGAGAAGAAUAAGGUGUCUCUGAGGAGCCUGUCCAUGGUGCUGAGACAGCUGCGACCUGAAGAGGGCGAUCAGGAGCCCGGCAAGCGGGUGCUGGAGAGCGUGGACAUGGCCAGACAGGCCGUACAGCUGGACGUCAAAGACGGGACGUCCUGGUACAUCUUGGGUAACGCCUACAUCUCCCUGUUUUUCACGAGUGGACAGAACCCUCAGAUAUCCCAGCAAGCGCUCAGUGCCUAUGCACAGGCUGAAAAAAUCGACACCACAGCCUCCUCAAACCCUGACCUGCACUUCAACAGAGCUACGCUCUUUCAAUAUGAGGAGAUGUUCAGCUCAGCUCUGGCUGGCUACAGUCGGGCGGCCAUCUUGGAUCCUGCCUGGGAGGAGCCUCGGGAGAGAGAGAAGCAGUUGCUGGAUUACCUGGAACGAGUCACGGCCCUCAUCGACAACAAGGGGAAGGUGAAGGCUCGGCGCUUACGGACCAUGCUGUCCAAUCUCAACCUGUCGGCUCUGGGCCCUUGUGCCUCUCCUCAGUUUCGGUCUCCCACAGGCCGCACCGGAAGCCUGGAGCCCCAGUCCUUCUCUGCCCUCACACAUGGCCUCAACACUGGGGUGGCCGCCAUGGGCAAGGUGGUCUUCAGCCUGGCUCCGGAGGGGAGAAUGGCUUUCACGUUUGGCAUGGUGGACAGCGAGGAGACGUGUUGUGUGGUGAUGGUGUACAACACAGCAGACAGCUGGGGGGUCCUGAUAGGGGACUCGGUGGUGAUCCCUGAACCCCAAGUCAAACGCCACAGCGUGUCUCACAAAGACAAGACGUUUGACUUCCGUAGCAUACGCGUGGACUCUCCUCUACUCCUCAUCGUGAACGGCAAGAGGCAGGCCGCGAAGAGCCAGACCGCUGCCUCCGUCAGCUACAAGCCUCAGAGUGAAUGAUGGGAGAGAAGAAAGCAGAGUCCGCGUUUAAAGGCCACACUUGGCCGUGUCUCUGCUGUGAGCAAGGGAGGAGGGCAUAGGGGAGAGAGUCUUCCAAGUAUGUGUUUUGGUGACGAGCCUUGGUAAGUUACCACAGAGUGACCUUCUAAUGGAAGAGCCCUUUGGCUUCAUUCAUCAUUAGCAAAACAGGAAACAGGACCAAGGCUGUUCUUUUAAGAGGUUUACUACAUCUUUGUCACCAAACCACAUACAGUAUGUGGGAGUACCACAUGGAGCGAUUAAGUUAAGGA